AUGCAAGCGGACAGUACAGUUAACGAUGAGUGUGACAUGGAACCUUACGCUGUUGCAGACAUGUCCGAUCAUGAAACUUAUCUCAGCGCAAGAACAAACGUUCACCAACAGGCUUCAAACUCAUCAAAGGCAGUCAGCAUAGUGACUGAUGAUGGUGACAUGGAACCUUACGCUGUUACAAACACGAUCGAAAAUGAAACCUAUCUCGAAACAACAACCGUUCGCCAACAGGCUUCAGAUGACUCCAGUCGUGACACCACCGAACAUGAUAGUCCUAUGCAAGAAGUCAACAACUUGACAACACCAAAUGCAACAGAAUUGACUAGCACAACUAUAACUACCAUCAAAAGUGCUGACAGUACCGACCCACCCAGCUUUGGGGGUAUCAAUGGUACCAGCCCACCCAGCUUUGGGGGUAUCAAUGGUACCAGCCCACCAAGCCUUGGUGGUAUCAAUGGUACCAGCCCACCCAGCCUUGGUGGUAUCAAUGGUAUCAGCCCACCCAGCAUUGGUGGUAUCAAUGAAGUGAAAGAGAAUAUCACCUUUGGAGGGAAAGGAAAAGGCCCCGAGCAUUUGUGCUAUGUGACUGGAUUGGCCGUGUCCUCGACUAACGAGAUAUUUGUGGCUGAUGGGGGGUGCAAAAGAAUUAAGGUCUUCAGCAUGAAGGGAGUUUUCCUUCGCAGUUUCUCCACAGGAAACAUGGACCCAAGGGCCGUGUGCAUGGGCCACAACGACACCCUCACUGCAUGGUUAAGUCCUACUUACACACAGACAGAGGCAACACCACGGCUGACGUGUGACAUGACCGGGUUUGGCUCAACAGGAAGUACGCUUCUACGGUUUGUCACCGUAGACAAGAAAGGGAACAUCUUCAUCGCUUUCCGCAGUAAACAUCAUGUAGAAAAGUAUGACAAGAACGGAGUCUACCUGUCCAGUUUUGGUAGUAGAGGUACCGGAGCAGGGAAUCUUUUUUCCCCCCGAGGAAUCUGUGUGGACAGUUUGGGACGUGUGAUUGUGGCUGAUACUGGGAACAGCCGAGUGGAGAUGUUCACAGCUGAGGGAGAGCACAUCCGCACCGUAGCUUACAUUAACCAACCCAAGCAUGUUGCUACAGGUGGGGAGGGGCAACUUGUGGUGUCUCGGAGUAUCUUUGUAAUCAUUUUCCCCAAAUAUUAG